AACUAACACAGAGCUCCUCACCGAUAAACUCCUAUAUCUGCUGGGCUGCCUGCCAGUCGACUCUAUCCUCAUAGUGUGACUGCAAACCACCUCGGCCCUCACUUUGACAGACACCAUGCUACCACAGGACGAUGAAACGAUUUCGGAGGACACCGUGAUACUUAAUCUGUAUAAAUCCAACCAAUCGCUACAAGAAGAGAACAGUCUUCUCCGGAACGAGGUUGAAAAUGCGGAAGAUAAGGUGCAGCAGUUGAGUCAUGAGUUGAGCCAGAAACAAGUGCUGAUGAGCUUGUACCACAAAGAAAUAGAAACUCUUGAGCGUACAACCUCUGCAAAUAGAGACAGCCAUCUGAAGACCACGCUGGACACGCUAGAGUCAAGAGCCCAUCAGCUUGAACAUGAGAAGUGGGAGCUGACAUUAGAGCUGGAGUCACGAAAAGCCGAGUUAGAAGACAGAGCAGCAAAACUUGAAAGCCUGAAACAGUCUUACCUUAAGCAAAUAGACAAUUUGAACAGGAAGGUUCGCCGGCACGAAGAGACGGUGAGAGCACAUGAGGAUAGGAAUGAGGCGUUACAGCUGGAGAAGGAUCAACUUAAAGAGAAGUUAAAGUCCUGGCAUCAGGUCAUGGAUAAGGUCAGACAUGAUUUGGACGUCAAAGACAAGCAGAUAGAAGAGUUCGUACAACGAGAACACAGUAUUUUAGACGAGAUGAAAGUAAGACAGGAUGAAAUCGACAAUCUCCGGAAACUUUACGAAGCCCGCCGAGAUGAGGCGCAUCGUCUGCGCGUGUUAGAGCCGAGUCGGUACGGACGUUCUCGAACCUUUUCCGUAGAGGAAUUCUGUGAGCAACACCGUUCGUUAAAGGAGGAAUUAGAAGACUGUUUGAGUCCUCAUAACGAGCUGGUGUCCCCGACAUACAGUCCUGUGUCAAGUCCUAUUUCGAAAGUUUUUGAAACGGUUCGCUCUGCGAAUAUGUUCUUGGAUGAUCUCCAAGACAAUAUGCACAGCACAGCCUCAGUUUCGGAUUCAAGUAUGCAAAUCGAACGAUCGUCGACUUAUUCGAUUGGAGGAGAUUCAGGGUGCGGUGAUUUGGGAUCGGAUGAUGAAAACAGUUUUGGAAGUCAUGUGUACCAAACAUCCAAUGUUAAGCGCAGACGCCGGACUCUCCCUAAGAAGUUACAAAUCGUGAAACCUUUGGAAGGUUCAGAGACUCUUCACCAAUGGCAACGGUUGGCCACGCCCUCUUUGACAAAACUUCUAGAAGAACGUGAUGGCGUAUAUAGUCGUCACGAGCAGGACUCAGAGCGAGGCUCACGUACUGAUUGGAGCAAUCACGGACUCGCGUGGAGUGACCCCGAGGAAGAUGAUGACCUGGAUUAUGACGAGCUUUGCGGCAGCGAAAUGAGUCACUGCAGCGAAUUUCGACAGGCACUUUCUGAAGAAUUCAUUCAGGGGAUCUCCUGUUAUGGCGUCCAACAACAACAACAACAACAACACCAAAAUCACGAGAACGUGGAAAGUACACCGAUACCAAAGCGGAGGCCGAGAUCCAACUCGCUCGUGGACCAGGUUCAGUUGUCGGGAUUUAGGGCGACUUCUUACCCUCGAGCAGACAGGCUUCUUUCUCAAGAGUCCCUGCCAGAAAACUUGGAGUCAGACAGGAGCACAGGGCUAGGCCUACCGAGCUUUCAAAACUCUUGCUUACGUCGCCACAGCGUCCCGGCUCAGAUGGGACUUAACGUCUGCUCUCACAGUCGCUUCGGAAGACCCAUAAUUCCCCCAACUUCCGAUCCCCGACGGUCGUCGGGUGGAUUCGGGAUUCAUGAUCUGGUUAAGAAGCAAAUCCUACAAGUGUUGAAACGGCUGUCGUCUGGGGACCAGUCCAAGGGAGAUAAUCCUACUCCAAUCCGCAAACCCUGCACCCCGGAAACACCGCCUCCUUACACAGGACCAAAACUGAAACUCCGGGUGGGAACGCAGAAAAGUUCGCCCAAGCGCACCACCAAGCUGAAAAUCAAGAUUGUGAAGAAUAAAAAACCACUGGGGUUCCAACCAUUGGAAAAUCAGACGGAUCAAAAUGUCGGCGUACUACACACAAUUACCAGCCUGAGGAGGAACAAUUUGCUAAUCGGGGGGAUGCCCGAAGUGCCAACCUCAACAUUCCAUGACGUCACAUCAUAUUUGGAUGACAUCACAAUGGGAAUUUUCUCAUCAUAAAGUGCCAGUGCUGAGUUCGUCUGAGUUUAAUGAGUUGUAAAUAUUAAUAUAUAUAUUGAGUGGUUAAUGCGUGUGUGCUUAUUAAAGAUAAAAUCAUAGUUUACAUUUACGCAUGGGUAGAAAUAAUGUCAUGUUUUCGUAAUAAAUUGUUUAUUGCUCUUUGUUAAUAUUACUUUCGCGUCCUUUAACCGCAUUACAAAUAGAGAUUGUUGGUCUAUUUCAUAGGUUUUCGUGAAUGCGAUAUUCAAAGAAGACCCUAAACAACAGCACAAAUAUUUACAAGAUUUUUGCUGUGUGGUUGAGCAAAUCUGAAAUUUUCUUAUUACUUAGUGAAUUCUGAAAGAGUGCUUAACUUCUGCUUUGAUGUUGUACGACAUCCUGUAUAGAAAGUUAACUUCAUUGCCAAUAUUUUAUAACAGACAUUGAUACUAAAUUUCAAGUGUGCAUUGCUGUGGAAAUUGGCCUUGCUAUUAUUGACGAGGAAUGCCCAUUUUGGUUUACGGCUGGUGUACGAAUGUCUGCUUUGACGCCAGAUAUGAGGAGACAUUUUAAUAGCAUGUACAGUUUGUAGAAAGGUUUAAAAUUGAGCUUACCAGUCACAAUAACUAUGAGUGUUGUGUGUUCCAUUUCUUGUGUAUUGUAAAGUGAAUAAUAGAUAGAUUACUUGGAUAAUAAAUGUACAUAGACCCCAUAGAGUAUUGUAUAUUGAUGACAUUCGUUUAAUAAAUUUGCACAGCUAAAAGAUUUUUGUAUAUACAGGCCGAUUGAGUGAGGUUGACUAUACAAUAUAACGUAUAACAAACAUGUAAAUAUAAAUGUACUUGUUAAUAGUUUGUAUUUAUCUUGGUUACGUUGUAUAUUCGAUAACAUUUUGUCAAGUGCUUUCUUUGAAUAAGUCUGUAAUUCCAACUUCAAUAUUAUUUUAUGUAUAGCAGUGUACAUCAGUAUUACGUAAGGUAAUCAAUAGAUUUUAUCAUGUAUGUAUGACAUUUUUCCCGAUUGCAUUGCACAAUUCCAGACUUCUAUAGACAAAAGUGAUACUACACAGUAUUAUUGUUUGUUAAACAUGGAAACUGAAAGUUACAUUUGUAUUGUAUAUUUACAAUUUUUCUCAUUUACAUUGGUUAAACUUUGCUUACAUCUGAACUAAAUUUAGACUAAAACACAUGACCUUUUCAAGUUUUUCAAGUAUUUUGUUAAGGAACUAAUUGGAGCCUUCGACUUUGUUAAAAAAAACGCGUUUACACGUAGUAUUGUUAAAAUUAUACAUGGUUGAUCGUCUUUUGUAAAAAGUCAUGAAAAGAAUACAGUAGUUAAACGGCUUUUCCAAAAUAUAGUUCCUCCGAGCUGGUAAUGAUAUCGGAAAGCUUUUUGCAUACCAAGUUGCAUUUCUUCCAAUCCUUCGUUUCACUGUCACCCAGAAAUUGUGUAUUGUGUGCUUUUCUUGUCAUUAUUAAUUUAAAAAAUAUUCUUAAUGGAUUUACUUUGCAAUAAUGUGUACGUAGUAGUAUGUGGAGCUUGUCGUGCUCCGUAUAACUGACGGAAGACAAUUUUUAUAGUGACUAUGACCGAUUUUACAGAGAGCUCAAUACAGACGACGAGUUCAUUUCAUGCAGGCGACAAGAUAAUCAAUGGAUUUCUAGAUUUCGCACCAAAUUUCGAAGAGAAAUCCAUCUGUCAGAUGGAAGAUGAGACAUUUUGCGUUUUCUGCAUGAAACACAAACUUAUUAAGAUAUCAAAGUGAUAAUUUGCUCAGGUCUAGAUAUUACAUGAAAAUGCACCGAUAUAUGUAAAACCAAUAAAUCUUCUCAGAUAUGUAAAAAUUAAACGGCAGAAAAGCACAUUAGCAAUGAAAUGUAAGUUGACUUUCUAAAUCACUGCCUCUCUGCCAGUCGUAUAUGCUAUCUACUAAAACUUCGUUGUUGUUGUAAAUAACUCUGCAUAUAUGGUUUAAUCAUUAUAUAAGAUCUGGAGCAGCUUUGUUGGUAAGAAACCGGUUUAAUUUUUAAUACAAAUAUUAUUUAUCUACAUUAUACAUCUCUUUCUGAACUAUACGUUAUAUACUUAUACACUUCGAACUUGUUUUACUUGAUGCACGUUGUUGUAAAUACAGUAAU